AUGUCUUCUCUUGCUCCCUCCAAAGGCAACAUUGGCCCUGUCUUGUCCGCUAACAACAACAAGAACAAACAGUCUCUUCCAAAAUGUAACUCUCGCACACAUCUCCCUAACGGUCGCAGUGUCUUCAAAGCCAUUUCCACCACCAUUGCUGUUUCUACAGCAACUUCCGCUGUGCUUCGCUUUAAACCAACUACCGGUGGUGGUGCUGGUGAUGGCGGAGGAAUUAUCGGUGGAAGUAAUGGCGGAGGUGGCGGAGGAUGGUGGUUUCAUGGUGGAGAUGGAAACGGAGGAUUCUGGUCUCGGUUUUUCACUCCGCCACGAGCAAAUGCGGAUGAACCUCCGUCCGAUGAGUUUGAUUCUCAUGGCUUGCCAGUUAAUAUUGUGAUUCCGUUAUACAAACUCAACGCGUUGAAGAAGUACAAGGUUUCCGAUAUUACAUUCUUUGAUCGGCAGCGAAAAGUAAAACUGAAUUCCGACGAUGCAUUCAGGGAGAUGCUUAAUAUUUCUCCUGGCGGAGUAUACACUAAGGCACAGCUUAGUAAGGAAUUAGAUGGUUUGGCAAUGAGUGGAAUGUUUGAGAACGUUGAUCUUGAAGGAAAAACCAAUCCGGAUGGAACUGUGGGAAUUACGAUUUUGUUUAACGAGAGUACUUGGAAACGCGCUGAAUCGUUUCGUUGUAUAAGUGUCGGUAUGUUGCCGACGUCUAAGGGUAUUGAAUUGGAUCCUGAUAUGACUGAAAAGGAGAAGUUAAGAACCUAUUUGAAUCAAGAGAGGGAGUACGAGAAGAGAAUUAACAAGGCAAGGCCUUGUAUGUUACCUAAGGCAGUGGAUAUGGAGAUUAUGGAGAUGAUGAACGAACAUAAGGCUUUGAGUGCUAGGUUGUUGCAGAAGAUAAGGGAUAAAGUUCAGAGUUGGUACCAUGAUCAGGGCUAUGCUUGUGCUCAGGUGGUUAAUUUUGGAAAUCUCAAUACAAAAGAGGUUGUUUGCGAGGUUGCGGAAGGGGAUAUCAGUGAAUUGACUAUUCAGUUCCUGGAUAAGCUUGGCAAUGUUGUUGAAGGCAACACUCAAAUCCCUAUCAUAACGAGAGAGAUUCCGAAAAAGCUGCUCCCAGGUAACACCUUCAAUAUUGAAGCAGGGAAGCAAGCUUUGAGAAACAUAAAUUCGCUUUCAUUGUUUUCGAAUAUCGAGGUUAAUCCGCGGCCUGGUGAGAGUAGAGAGGGAGACAUUGUUGUUGAAGUUAAGUUACAAGAGAUGGAACAGAAGGCGGCUGAAGUCAGUACUGAAUGGAGUAUUGUCCCUGGAAAAGAUGGAUAUCCAACUUUGGCAUCACUUCAACCCGGCGGGACUAUUACUUUUGACCAUCGGAAUAUUAAAGGACUGAAUAGAUCUGUUAGUGGCACUAUAACCACCAGCAACUUCCUCAACCCUCCGGAUGAUCUUGCAUUUAAGCUAGAGUACACACAUCCCUAUUGGGAUGGUCUAGAUGAUCAACGAAACCGUACUCUCCGAGUAAACUGUUUCAAUAGCAGAAAGAUUAGUCCGACAUUCAUUGCGGGGCCUGGGAUGGAUGAACUGCCAUCAGUAUGGAUUGACCGUGCUGGUGUCAAAGCUAAUAUUACAGAGAGUUUCACGCCGCAGAGUAAAUUCACUUAUGGACUUGUAAUGGAAGAGAUAACAACUCGUGAUGAGAAUUGCAAGAUCAUUGCAGAAGCUCCAAGAGUAUUACCUGAUGGUUCAUUUUUACUAAAUGGACCUCCUACCAGCCUCAGUGGCACUGGCGUUGAUCGCAUGGCAUUUUUACAGGCAAACAUCACUCGUGAUAACACACGUUUUGUGAAUGGAGCUCUAGUUGGAAUGAGAAAUAUGUUUCAGGUGGAUCAAGGCCUAGGGAUUGGCACUAAGUCCCCAUUCUUCAAUCGCUACCUGCUAACUGUGACACGAUUUUUCCAGUUGAUGUCUGUGGAGGAAGGAGCUAGUAAAUCACCACCACCAGUGCUAGUCCUCCACGGCCGUCAUGGUGGUUGUUUUGGAGAUCUUCCAAGUUAUGAUGCUUUUGCUCUCGGUGGCCCUUAUUCUGUAAGGGGUUACAGCAUGGGCGAGCUUGGUGUUUCCAGAAACAUGCUGGAGGUUGCAGCUGAGUUACGGGUACCUGUUAAAGGCGUGAAUGUGUUUGGCUUCGUUGAGCAUGGCAAUGAUCUAGGGAGUUCAAAGGAUGUCAUGGGGAAUCCUUCAGAAGUCUAUAGGCGAUUGGGUCGGGGUUCAUCUUAUGGUGUUGGUGCCAUGAUUGGUAAUGCCAGAGCAGAAUAUGCCAUUGAUUAUAACUCAGGAACUGGCGCGUUUUUCUUCCGUUUCGGAGAUAGGUUUUAAGUUGCAAAUAAGUCACAAUUUUUGGUGAUUGUGCUAGACUUGGUUUUUUUAG